AUGGAAAGUUUCUUGCAAGACGAUGAAGAAGAAAAGAUCUCACAGCUAUCAGAACUGGAACUCGAUGAGCUCAUUACCACGAAAUUCGUUGAAACGAGAGAAGACGGUAAAGGGAAGAUUGAGGUGGCUCGUGCUGUCGGUUCUCCGAUGGAACUCGAUAUAUUUCCGGGAGAAGAUAUUCUUCUGGAAGAUUAUGCAUGUCUUUCUCGACCUAUCGGAGAGAUUAACCUGGACAACGCCGUCAUGCUGCUGAAUCGAAUUCAGAAUUCAUCUGAAGCAGAUCUCAAUAAAGUAAAGCUGUGGGAUGUGUUUGAGAGAUCGAAAAAGUCGAAAAACACUACUAGACUGACUGAAGUUGCUCUCAUCGAUUACAUAAUUUCAUCCGAUCACCGACCAUCCUUCCUUCAUAUUUUUUGCCGCCGUCUCAUCGAAUCCGACAUUCCAAACACUCUUCAGAAGGCUCUCGUCGAAUCGAAGCCACCUACCAAAUAUCGCUCUCUGUUUCGUGUAACUGUCAAAACUGAGAUGCCACUGAAACAAUUUAUAGGUCAACUCGAUAAACUUUGGUCUUCAUCGCCAGCCAUUCAACUUCAGGAUGUAUAUGUGACUGCUUUGAAGAAAAACUUCGAUGGAACUCAUCAGAAACUGCGCACUCCAGAUGUCAGAUGGUUUGCUGAUAUGGAGCAUAAAAUUGCGAAGGCUGGAGCUCAUCCGAUGGUUGCGUCUGCACGUUUUGUGUUCGGAGUUGUUGAUAAACCAUUCGUAUGUGUUCAAGCAGAUUAUCACAAUGAGUUGGAUUCCAGUGGCAGACGUUGCAAGACCAUCGUCAUCGAGCAAUUCGUCAAUCCAAUUGUUCCCAUCGAUCGACGUGUCACAUUCGGAGAACCAUUGGUUGAAACCAUUCAUAACUUCGAAAUUGACGAUGACCUUCCGUUCCAUAAUCUCAAAUUCAAGAUAUUUGAUUUGAAUCAAUUCAUGGAGCAGAUUGACCCAAUUUCCUACAAAAAUGUUACACUUCGAUAG